AUGAGCAACUUAAAGACCUGUUUGACAUAUUUCACUGAUCAGAUUGAUAUAAUUCAGAAUGAAAUGGUAGCAAAUAUUAUCGGAUGGGUGCUGUUGCUGGUGUUAUGUACACUUCUACAGGAUCUUUUGCAAGCAGCAUUGGAUUGUAACGAGACAGAAUGUGGCCCUCGAGUGAGUAAGUGUAUGCUGCUGAAAGCUUGCAACUGUUCCAUCAAUCGUAACAGUAUUUUGCAUAACAACUGCUCUUGUUGCAAUGAAUGCAUUCAGUGCCUUGAUAAGCAAUACAUGCAAUGUUGCGCUUGUGUUGGAUUAUGUAAUCCACACAAAGAAGCAGUGCAUCUAAACAGUUAUGUUGAUCGAUUCGAUCAAGACGAUGAAGAUAUCAUUGUUUUCGACAAAGUUGCGCUAGUGAAUAAGGUCGGCACAACAUAUACAUUUCCAGCUUUGCGUGAGUACUCGUUUGACCGCAGAGGCCAAAAUAUGAAGGCUUUGGGAAGAACUCAUCAAGAGACGAAUUGCACAGUAGUUUAUCUUGACAAGUGUAUGUCGCAUAAGCAGUGCAGUCGACAGUGUUUGAUUCUUGGUGCAUCGAUGCUUCGGUGGUUUCAUACGGGUUGUUGCGAAUGUAUCGGACAUACGUGUCUUCCAUACGGUUCAACAACGGCACGAUUUGCAAGUGGAAACGGUUGCAUAUAUCUGGGUGAUAAGGCGACGAACAGAACUACGAACUGUAGCUAUACUUCAGCUUCAAGCUUUAAAGAAGACACCACCGAUGAUUACGCUGUUAUCUUUAGCAUCGCAAACAAUCAAGGGAAUAGUUGUGAAAGCAAACUCUACUCUAGCAGUAUUGUUCUGUUACACAAUUACAUCAGUCAGUGGAAGUACACACAGCGCAUUGAUUUUCGUGUUGAAUGUACACAUGCGUAUUUUGCAUGGGUUUUAGGGUUGGGAGCAGGAGCCAAUCGUCAUACUGCAAACGAAAUGUCGCUACAUAAGGAUUCCGCAUUCAUACAACUCCAGCAACACUUUGAAUCGGAAUGUAAGUUUCUGAAGAUGGUUGAUUUGUUCAAGCAUGAUCCACAACGAUUUCAAAAAUACAGUUUGAAAAUGAAUACACCAGAUGGACCGAUUCUAUUCGAUUAUUCAAAAAAUAUUAUCAAUGAAGAAACGAUGAAGAGAUUGUUCAAUUUAGCGAAUUCAAGGAACGUUCUGAAUAUGAGGCAGGAUAUGUUCAGCGGGAAAAAAAUCAACUUCACUGAAGGACGUGCUGUUCUGCACACCGCAUUAAGGAACGUUAACAAUAAACCUCUGACAUUGGAUGGACAAAAUGUGACAGAUGACGUUAAUAACGUACUGGAGCAUAUGAGAACGUUUUGCGACCAAGUGAUCCGUGGAACUUGGAAGGGAUAUACAGGUGAAGCAAUUACCGAUGUUGUCAAUAUUGGCAUCGGAGGUUCAGAUUUGGGACCAUUAAUGGUAACAGAAGCACUGAAGCACUACCAGGUUGGACCAAACGUUCAUUUCGUUUCCAACAUCGACGGUACACAUUUAGCAGAGGUGCUGAAGAAAAUUAAGCCCGAAACAACAAUAUUUAUUAUUGCAUCGAAAACAUUUACAACACAAGAAACAAUAACCAACGCUACUUCGGCUAAAGAGUGGUUCUUGAGCAAAGCAGUGAAUCCUGCAGCAGUCGCUAAACAUUUCGUAGCAUUGUCAACGAAUGGUCCAAAAGUGCGUGAGUUUGGUAUUGAUGAAAAUAACAUGUUCGGAUUCUGGGAUUGGGUCGGAGGCCGUUAUUCGUUGUGGUCUGCUAUUGGACUUUCUAUUGCCGUACAUAUUGGUUUCGAUAAUUUUAGUCAGUUGUUGAAAGGCGCAAGUGCUGCUGACGAGCAUUUUCUUAAUGAACCAAUUGAAAAAAAUAUACCAAUAAUUAUGGCUUUACUUGGUGUCCUUUACAUCAAUUGCUUUAAAGCUGAAACACAUGCCCUCCUUCCAUAUGAUCAAUACUUACAUCGAUUCGCAGCCUACUUUCAACAGGGUGAUAUGGAGAGUAAUGGAAAAUUUGUGAUGCGGGAUGGUAAUCGUGUCGAUUUUCCCACUGGGCCAAUUGUCUGGGGUGAACCUGGAACUAAUGGCCAGCAUGCUUUUUACCAACUUCUACAUCAAGGCACUCGACUUGUUCCUUGUGACUUCAUUGCACCGGUAAAAUCACUAAAUCCGAUAAGGCAAAAUCUCCAUCAUGAUAUCUUGCUGUCUAAUUUCGUAGCCCAGACAGAAGCACUAAUGAAAGGCAAGACACCGGAAGAAGCUGAGAAGGAAUUAAAAGAUUCAGGAAUGAGCGCUGACAAAAUUCCUGACAUACUACCGCACAAAGUAUUUGAAGGAAACAGACCCACAAAUUCAAUCGUACUACCCAAAGUAUCUCCAUUCACUCUUGGCACUUUGAUUGCUCUAUAUGAGCAUAAGAUUUUUGUUCAGGGUAUUAUUUGGAAUAUCAAUAGCUACGAUCAGUGGGGAGUUGAGCUCGGUAAGCAGCUGGCAAAAGUUAUCCAGAAAGAAUUUGAAAUGAGUGUGGAAUGCAGUUCUCAUGACUCUAGCACAAAUGGCAUUAUUAAUUUUAUUAAGAAGGAGAAGCGAACCAAUAGAUGA